ACAACAAAGACACAAGUCUAAGUCUGGCUCAUGCACUGCAUGGCAAAAAAACACGACCUAUGGAUGCGUCUGAUGACGGGGGGUAACGUUGAGCUAGAAGAGCCCCUUUUCUUUAAGUCCAGAGGGAAGAUGAUGAAGGAUGGAUGAGCACCGGCUACGCUGGACCGAGUCAGGCCGUUGGAUCUAAUGCUGACCCUUGUCCAAUUUCUUCUCCAGAGCUUAAUCAUGCCAGCAAAAACGACAAAGAGCUCCACUGCUGCUAAGCCACGAGGGAAAGGGUCGCAGGAUGACUCCGACGAGGAGAUGCACCAUGUCCCCCCUACAGAAACCCACUCGGAUGGCCAAGACCCUCCACUGACUAAGGAUGCAGCUCCCGGGGAGCCUGCCGAGGCGGUGGUGGAUAAUCGAAGUUUGGAGGAGAUCCUCGGUAGCAUCCCUCCACCCCCGCCCCCAGCCAUGACCAAUGAACCAGGCGCUCCUCGUCUGAUGAUCACUCACAUCGUGAAUCGAAAUUUCAAAUCGUAUGCAGGGGAGCAGAUUCUGGGGCCUUUCCACAAGCGCUUUUCCUGCAUCAUCGGCCCAAAUGGCAGUGGGAAGUCCAAUGUGAUCGACUCAAUGCUCUUUGUAUUUGGAUACAGAGCUCAAAAAAUCAGAUCCAAGAAGCUCUCAGUCUUAAUUCACAGCUCUGACGGACACAAAGACAUCCAGAGUUGCACUGUAGAGGUGCACUUUCAGAAGAUCAUCGAUAAGGAAGGAGAUGACUACGAUGUCAUCCCCAACAGCAAGUUCUAUGUUUCAAGAACUGCCGGUAAAGAUAAUUCCUCAGCCUACCACAUUAAUGGCAAAAAGGCAACUUUCAAAGAUGUUGGAACUUUGCUCCGUAGCCAUGGCAUUGACCUUGACCACAACCGAUUUCUUAUUCUGCAGGGGGAAGUGGAGCAAAUUGCUAUGAUGAAGCCCAAAGGCCAGACAGAGCAUGACGAAGGUAUGCUGGAAUACCUAGAGGACAUUAUUGGCUCCUGCCGACUCAAAGAGCCCAUCAACACUUUGUGCAGACGAGUAGAGCUACUCAAUGAACAGAGGGGCGAAAAGCUGAAUCGUGUGAAGCUGGUGGAGAAGGAGAAGAAUGCCCUGGAGGGUGAGAAGAACAAAGCGGUCGAAUUUCUCACUUUGGAGAAUGACAUGUUCAAGAAGAGGAGCCAACUCUGCCAGUUCUAUGUGCAUGAUCUGCAGCAGCGUAUGGCUGAAAAGGAAGCAGAGAAACAACAGAUCCAGGAGGACACCAAGGGACUGACUGAAAAAAGCAACCAGCUCGCAGAGGAAAUGAAGGGGAAGAACGAGGCCCUGAAGAAUGUGGAGAAGAAAUUGGGCAAGUUAACUAAGUUCAUUGAGAAUCAGAAGGAGAAGUUCACCCAGUUGGACCUCCAGGACGUAGAGGUGCGCGAGAAGCUGAAGCACACCAAAAACAAGACCAAGAAACUGCAUAAACAGCUACCAAAGGACAAGGAGAAGCUGGAAGAGGUAAGAAAUGUUCCUGCCAGCAGUGAGAAGAUCAUUAUGGAGGCCUCUGCACAGAAGGAGGAGCUGGAGAGGCAGAAAGUGAAGGAGGAGGAGGCACUGGCCCAGGUGAUGGAGAGCCUUAAAGAGGAGACCAGCGGCUUGCAGCUGGAAAAAGAGCAAAAAGAGAAGGAGCUUCUGGAGCUGAGUAAGGCUGUGAAUGAGACUCGCUCACAAAUGGAUGUGGCUCAGUCAGAGCUGGACAUCUACCUGAGCCAGCACAAUACAGCAGUAUCACAGCUCAACCAGGCCAAAGAGACCCUACAGGGCACUGCUGACACACUACGUGAGAGGAGGGCUGCUAUCAAAGAGCUGCAGGUUAAAAUACCGAAAUGUGAGCAGGAGCUCAAAAAGGAUGAACAGGAGCUGGCACAGAUCUCUGAGCAGGAUGGGCAGGUCCGGGCAACGGUCAGUGACAUGAGACAGAAGGUCGAGGAGGCGAAAAGCUUUCUGUCCUCCAACCGGAGCCGUGGCAAAGUGCUGGAUGCCCUCAUGCAGCAGAAACGGAGUGGCAAGAUCCCUGGUGUCCUGGGACGCUUGGGUGACUUAGGGGCCAUUGAUGAGAAGUAUGAUGUUGCCAUCUCUUCAAGCUGUGGCUCACUUGAUAACAUCUUGGUGGACACCAUUGACACGGCUCAGAAAUGUGUCACCUUCCUCAAGGCCCAGAAUAUUGGCGUGGCCACUUUCAUUGCUCUAGAUAAGAUGAAAGUGUGGGAAAAAAGCAUGGGUGCCAUCUCCACACCAGAAAACAUUCCCCGGUUGUUCGAUAUAGUAAAGGUGAAAGACGAAGCCAUCCGGCCUGCAUUCUACUUUGCUCUGAGAGACACGUUGGUGGCUAAAGACCUGGAGCAAGCCACUAGAGUGGCCUUCCAAAAAGAGAAACGCUGGAGAGUGGUUACUCUGCAGGGACAGAUCAUUGAACAGGCUGGCACUAUGACUGGAGGAGGAGGGCGUGUAAUGAAAGGCAGAAUGGGCUCUUCUAUUGGCACUGAAGUCACACAGGAACAGCUGGAUCGUAUGGAGAGUUCCCUGAAAGAGAAGGUGGUGCAGCUGCAGGACUGGCAGCAAAGGAAACAGCAGCUUGAGGAGAAGGUGCAAAAACAGAGACGGGAGCUCAGAGACAUGAAGAACACAUUGGAGAAAUACACAGCCAGCAUUCAGAGCCUUGAAGAGCAGGAAAUUCACCUGAAGUCUCAGAUGAAGGAGUUGGAAGCUAAUGUUAUUGCAGCUGCCCCAGACAAGGCUAAGCAAAAACAAAUGGAGAAGAGUCUGGCUGCCUUUAAGAAAAACUUCGAAGCUGCCUCCAGCAAGGCAGGAAAGGUUGAGGCUGAGGUGAAACGACUCCACACCCUGAUUGUGGACAUCAACAGCCACAAGCUGAAGGCUCAGCAGGACAAAUUGGAUAAGGUCAACAAAGAACUAGAUGAAUGUUCCUCAGCCAUCACUAAAGCCCAAGUGGCCAUUAAGACUGCGGGACGUAAUCUGAAGAAGUCUGAAGAUAUAGUAGCUCGUCUAGAGGCCGAGAUCGCAGAGAACGAGAAACUCAUGGAGGAGCUUAUGGAGGUGUUGAAGAAACUGGAAGAUCAAGCAGGAGAGAUCAUGAAGACUUGCCAAGAGGCAGAGGAGGCACUGCCAGAGGUACAGGAAGAACAUCGUGGAGUCUUGCAGGAGAUCAAAGCCAUCCAGGACCAGGAGCAUUCUCUGCAGAAAGAGUCCCUGAACGUCCGUCUGAAAGUGGAGCAAAUCGACGCAGCCAUUGCCGAGUGCCAGAAUAAGAUGAAACACUGGGAAAAAGAAUCCACAAAGAUCACUCUGCAUUCGAUUGAUGAUAAACCAGCAGAAGAACUGCCUAAGUUGACCCCAGUAGAGCUGGAGGCCAUUAAGAACCCAGAUGUCAUUAAAAAUGAGAUCGCUCUGCUGGAGGAUCGCUGUGCCCAGAUGAAGCCCAACCUAGGAGCUAUAGCAGAGUUCAAGAAGAAGGAGGAGCUGUAUUUGCAGAGAGUAUCUGAACUGGAUGAGAUCACCACUCAGAGAGACAACUUCAAGCGGGGGUGUGAGGACCUACGGAAGCAGAGACUGAACGAGUUCAUGGCUGGAUUUAACAUCAUUACCAAUAAACUGAAGGAGAACUACCAGAUGUUGACACUAGGUGGUGAUGCAGAGCUGGAGCUAGUGGACAGCCUGGACCCUUUUUCUGAGGGCAUCAUGUUCAGUGUGCGUCCCCCUAAGAAGAGCUGGAAGAAAAUCUACAACUUGUCUGGAGGGGAAAAGACUCUGAGCUCUUUGGCUCUGGUCUUUGCUCUGCACCAUUUUAAGCCUACACCUCUCUACUUUAUGGAUGAGAUAGAUGCUGCAUUGGAUUUCAAGAAUGUGUCUAUUGUGGCCUGCUACAUUUAUGAACAAACCAAGAAUGCUCAGUUCAUCAUAAUUUCUCUGAGGAACAACAUGUUUGAGAUGGCUGACCGCCUGAUAGGCAUCUACAAGACACACAACACCACUAAGAACGUGGGCAUCAACCCCAAAACCAUUGUCCUCAAGAAUGUUGAAGUUGCAUCAGGCUGAACGCACAAACGUGUACAUUUCUAAAGUGAUGACUUUAAAGGUAUUCUGUGUUUUUGUCUUUCAGAUCUUUACUGUUUUUAAGAAGCCUUUAAUUUCACUUCUUACAUUUUUCUCUACUUUUCUCAUGUGUAAUUUAAUUCCUUCUGUCUUCCUGUUUCAAAUGCUGCUGUUUAUACAAUUAAAAUUUAUAUAAAUGA